AUGGGAAAAAACAAAUUUUUCGAUAAUGUUUCUACAAUGUUAUUAGUUGAAGGUUUUAGUGAAUCAAAAUAUUUACAAAAAAGAAUUAAACAAGAAUUCAGUCAUCAAAUAAAUGAUAUUUCAGUACCUACUCAACCUAUGGCAGAAAUUUCACAUGGAGCAGUAAUUUACGGAUUAUCUAUAAGAUUAAAUAUGAAAAUAUGA